UUGAAUGUUAACAGAUAUUUUUAAGCUCACAUAUGAGUUUCAGUCUUGCCUUUGGUCAUUCUAAACGUGGCUACUUACCUGAAACAUAGCUGUUUAGAAUGUUAACACUGUACACAUAGCUAUGGUGCAAGACAAGACUACUAGCUUACUUUCAACAGUAUUUUCUCAACUUUGGUAUUGUAUUCAACAGUUUACUUGCAGAUAUCUGAAAACUUCUUCUCUUUCACAAAUCCCACUCAGUCUCUUCAUAUCAAAUGAACAGUGAUCCUCCAACUGUAGCUUUGGAUUUGAGUCAAGACCAAUGGCAGGCUGUCUGACAGAGUUGAUCACAGCAUGUUCCAACGUCACACUGUCCGUCUCUGCCCUGUACACAGCAUAUCAGCUCUUCAAGGACCACAGAGCUCCAGCAGUGGGUUUCUUUCUGCUCGGUCUCUCCUCAGGCCUCUGCACCCUGCCUGUCUCCUUCAGCCCAUACCUGACCUCUGUACAGGGGGACCUGGAGUGGGCCGGCGAGGUCCUGGCUCCACCGCUAGUCUCCUUCGGCUUCCUGUGGCUCAGCGAAGACCGCACCACAGCCAACACCCUCCUUAUUGGCUCAGCUCUCCUCCCGGUGCUCUGCGAUUGGCUGUCAGCGGACGAGUUGAUGCUGAUGUCACGCUGUCUGGCGCUCUCUGCCGUCUCCUGCUCGCUCACCGUGUGUCUGUUUGCGGGAAACGCUGUCGGGGCCCUGGGCAGUGUGGCCCUCAGCCUGCCCCAAAUGGUGGCCCCUAUGGUGGGGGUCAAGACUCUGGCUCCCCUUGUCUCUCCAGGGGUCACUGUGGGACUGCUUAAGUGGCUCCUGAAGGGCUCCAUGGCUGUAGGGUGCUGGGCUUCUGAGAAGGCACUUAGCAAGUACCUGUUGGAACUGAAGGACCUGGACUCCCCAUUUUAACUUAUUACCACUGUAACUCAGGGUUUCCCCAAACUCAGUCCUCAGGACCCCGGGGUUUCCUUUCUUUCCUAAGCACUACACCGCUUAUUCAAAUAAUCAACUAACCAUCAAGCUUUGUAGUGUUUGGGCAAAAACCAAAACGUGCACCCCUUGGAGUCCCGAGCAUGGAGUUUGGGAAACUGUAACAUCACUGUAACAGUUACUGACUGUCUGAACAGUUCAAUAGUCCCUCACACAUGAUCAUGACUGAUUGUUAAGUUGAUGUGGUCUCAUGAUGUGCACAUAGAGCUGCUGACAGAAGAGAACCAGAUGGAGGGUCUAUUUAUUUUGUCCUGCAGGGCCUUGCCUCAUAGAAGUAGAACGAAUAGAACGGUCUGGAACCUCUGACCAUGGCGAUUUGACUGGUAAAGUCAUGGGUGCACUCAAAAUGAGCAAGCUUGUUCUACUUAUUCUAGCACUGUGGCUUGCCUUUGAUCUGUAGCUAAUAACCUUUCCAAUUCCUACUGUUCAAUGACCUUUCCAAUUCCUACUGGCCAAUGACCUUUCCAAUUCCUACUGGCCAAUAACCUUUCCAAUUCCUACUGGUCAAUGACCUUUCCAAUUCCUACUGGCCAAUGACCUUUCCAAUUCCUACUGGCCAAUAACCUUUCCAAUUCCUACUGGCCAAUGACCUUUCCAAUUCCUACUGGCCAAUAACCUUUCCAAUUCCUACUGGCCAAUGACCUUUCCAAUUCCUACUGGCCAAUGACCUUUCCAAUUCCUACUGGCCAAUGACCUUUCCAAUUCCUACUGGCCAAUAACCUUUCCAAUUCCUACUGGCCAAUGACCUUUCCAAUUCCUACUGGCCAAUGACCUUUCCAAUUCCUACUGGCCAAUGACCUUUCCAAUUCCUACUGGCCAAUGACCUUUCCAAUUCCUACUGGCCAAUGACCUUUCCAAUUCCAACUGGCCAAUGACCUUUCCAAUUCCUACUGGCCAAUGACCUUUCCAAUACCUACUGGCCAAUGACCUUUCCAAUUCCAACUGGCCAAUGACCUUUCCAAUUCCUACUGGCCAAUGACCUUUCCAAUUCCUACUGGCCAAUGACCUUUCCAAUUCCAACUGGCCAAUGACCUUUCCAAUUCCUACUGGCCAAUGACCUUUCCAAGAGAUUAUCCAUAUGAUCCAUAUACGGAUGCCAUUCUGCCAAUUUGGAGGUGACAUGAUCCACCAUUGGGACAGGUGGCUGUUGCCAGUGUAUGAGCACUGUCAAGGGCGUUGUUCUACUUGUUCAGCUUAUCGUCAUGGCCAGGGAGCUCUGCUCUGUUAUCCAAGUACUGUCAUCUAUGCAAGUCGAAGAAGCACUGGUGUCUAAUUCUAAAACUGUAAACAUUAUUGAUGAUAUUAGUAACAGCAGUUAAUAUUUUAUGUGCUAAAAUAUUGAUUUGCUAAAGUAUCAACAAAAGGAGUAGUGCUUGGAUCUAACGCUUGUAUGUACUGAUUGUCAUGGGUCACUAAUACUCCCAACCUCUUCCACUCCGCAUGUUAGAAAGUCUAACUCAUCUCUGGAUGUUGAUUUACAGGACAGUGUCAUUACCAAUUGGCUAUAAAAGAUUCUAUCUGCUUACUCUGUGAAAAUAUCCUCCCAACGGUGGCUCUAUGAGGAGGAUGGAAGUGCCUUCCAGACAUUUACUACUGUCUAUGUCUAUGAGGGUGCCUCCCAAAUAUCACCCUAUUCCCUAUUUAGUGCACUACUUUUAAUCAGAGCCCAUUUUGCCUCCCAAAUAUCACCCUAUUCCCUAUGUAGUGCACAACUUUUAAUCAGAGCCCAUUUUGGGAAUAGGGUGGCAUUUUGGGGAACACUGGUUGAACCUGGGCUGGCUUGACUUCAGUGUCUUGUCCUACGAUGAGCACCAAACAGCUUGUACUAGACUAUGCUCACUGUGAAGCCAAACAGCUUGUACUAGACUAUGCUCACUGUGAAGCCAAACAGCUUGUACUAGACUAUGCUCACUGUGAAGCCAAACAGCUUGUACUAGACUAUGUUCACUGUGAAGCCAAACAGCUUGUACUAGACUAUGCUCACUGUGAAGCCAAACAGCUUGUACUAGACUAUGCUCACUGUGAAGCCAAACAGCUUGUACUAGACUAUGCUCACUGUGAAGCCAAACAGCUUGUACUAGACUAUGCUCACUGUGAAGCCAAACAGCUUGUACUAGACUAUGCUCACUGUGAAGCCAAACAGCUUGUACUAGACUAUGUUCACUGUGAAGCCAAACAGCUUGUACUAGACUAUGCUCACUGUGAAGCCAAACAGCUUGUACUAGACUAUGCUCACUGUGAAGCCAAACAGCUUGUACUAGACUAUGCUCACUCUGAAGACAAUGUCAUUGACAGAAAGGACAUGUCUGAGAGCCGAUAGCUUUAGUUGGCCAAGGUACAUGGCCGGGGUACAUGGCCAGGGUACAUGGCCGGGGUACCAAAACAGUCGGGGCCGCGUCCCAAAUGGCACCCUAUCCCCGAUAUAGCCACAUUUCUUUUGACCAGAGCUCUAUAUGGGCCCUGGUCAAAAGUAGUGCACUAUAAAGGGAAUAGGGUGCCAUUUGGGACGCAUACCCCUAAGUCGCCUCAGAUUCAGGAUCCUGUUCAUUCUGAAGCCUCAGCAGAUAGCUACUGUGUACAGUGAGAUUUAACUAGAUACAUCUGCAGAGUUCACACCACUAACACUAUGGAUCUAUAUUCAUUGAUUAUUCAGAUAUACUACAUAUUAUAUCCACAUACUGUCCAUAAUGUCUAUACAAGAAGGGUUCUUCUUUAUUUUUACUAUUUUAUACAUUAUAGAAUAACAGUGAAGACAUCAAAACUAUGAAUUAAUACAUAUGGAAUCAUGUAGUAACCAAAAAAAAUUGUUAAACAAAUCAAAAUAUAUUUUAUAUUUGAGAUUCUUCAAAGUUUAUUUAUUUAAUUUAUUUGACCUUUAUUUAACCAGGCGGCAAGUUGAGAACAAGUUCUCAUUUACAACUGCGACCUGGCCAAGAUAAAGCAUAGCAGUUCGACACAUACAACGACACAGAGUUACACAUGGAAUAAACAAAUAUACAGUCAAUAAUACAGUGGAAAAGUAAGUCGAUGUACAAUGUGAGCAAAUUAGGUGAAGUGGCCACCCUUUGCCUUGAUGACAGCUUUGCACACUCUUGGCAUUCUCUCAACCAGCUUCAUGAGGUAGUCACCUGGAAUGCAUUUCAAUUAACAGCUGUGCCCAUAUUAUGGCAAGAACCCUCAAAUAAGCAAAGAGAAACGACAGUCCAUCAUUACUUUAAGACAUGAAGGUCAGUCAAUCAGGAUGAUUUCAAGAACUUUGAAAGUUUCUUCAAGUGCAGUUGCAAAAACCAUAAAUCACUAUGAGGAAACUGGCUCUCCUGAGGACUGCCACAGGAAAGGAAGACCCAGUUACCUCUGCUGCAGAGGAUAAGUUUAUUAGAGUUACCAGCCUCAGAAAUUGCAUCCCAAAUAAAUGUUUUACAAAGAAAUAGACACAUCUCAACAUCAACUGUUUAGAGGAGACUGUGUGAAUCAGGCCUUCAUGGUUGAAUUGCUGAAAAGAAACCACUACUAAAGGACACCAAUAAGAAGAAGAGACUUGCUUGGGCCAAGAAACACGAGCAAUGGACAUUAGACCAGUGGAAAUCUGUCCUUUGUUCUGAUGAGUCCAAAUGUUACAUUUUUGGUUCCAACCGCUGUGUCUGUGAGACGCAGAGUAAGUGAACAAAUGAUAUCCGCAUGUGUGGUUCCCACCGUGAAGCGUGGAGGUGCUUUGCAGGUGAUACUGUCUGUGAUUUAUUUAGAAUUCAAGGCACAUUUAACCAGCGUGACUACCACAGCAUUCUGCAGUGAUACGCGAUCCCAUCGGGUUUGCGCUUAGUGGGACUAUCAUUUGUUUUUCGACAGGACAAUGACCCAACACACCUCCAGGCUGUGUAAGGGCUAUUUGAUCAAGAAGGAGAGUGCUGAAUCAGAAUGACCUGGCCUCCACAAUCACCUGACCGCAACUAAAUUGAGAUGGUUUGGGAUGAGUUGGACCGCGGAGUAAAAGAAAAGCAGUGCUCAGCUUAUGUGGGAACUCCUUCAAGACUGUUGGAAAAUCAUUCCUGGUGAAGCUGGUUGAGAGAAUGCCAAGACUGUGCAAAACUGUCAUCAAAGCAAAGGGUGGCUAUUUGAAGAAUCUCAAUUAUAAAAUAUAUUUGGAUUUGUUUAACACUUUUUUGGUUACUACAUGAUUCCAUAUGUGUUUUUUCAUAGUUGUGAUGUCUUCACUAUUAUUCUACAAUGCAGAAAAUAGCAAAAAUAAAGAAAAACCCUGGAAUGAGUAGGUGUGUCCAAACAUUUGACUGGUACUGUAUGUAUAUAUAUAUUUAUACUCUGGACUCCGACAUUACUCGUCCUAAUAUUUCAAUAUUAAUGUAUUAAUUUUUUUUACGUUUAGAUUUGUGUGUAUUGUUAGAUAUUACUCCACUGUUGGAACUAGGAACACAAGCACUUCACUACAACCGCAUUAAUAUCUGAUAAAUAUGUGUACCCGACCAAUAAAAUGAUAUUCGAUACUA